AUGACGUCCCGGGCCGCCUCUCUGCUCUUCGCCGCCGGGCUGCUCAGCCUGUCGCUGUGGCUGCUCGGCCAGCCGCUGCUCGUCGCCUCGCCCGACCGCGGCCGCAUCUCCAACCUCGACCUGGUGCUGGGCGAGUCGCUGCCCGCGCACCUCAACCUGUCGUCGCGCUUCUACGCCUCGGACCAGGCGCGCGCCUUUUGCGCCGCCCACGGCUACCGCGUCUUCUCGCCGCUGGCCCGCUCCGGCGAGCGCAAGAUCUACGACCUCUUCAUGGUCAACACGGAGCUCGACUGGAUGGAGAUCCGCCUCGAGACGCUCUACGCCCACGUCGACUACUUUGUCAUUGUCGAGUCGCCCAAGACGUUCCAGGGCUCCGACAAGCCGCUGACGGUCCGCGACAACUGGGCCCGCUUCGCCCGCUUCCACGACAAGAUGGUCUACCACCAGCUCGUCUUCCCUGCGACCUUCAACCCCAAGCGGCCCUGGGACUACGAGGACCUGCAGCGCGACGCCAUGUACGACCAGGUCUUCCCGCAGCUCGAGGGCCGCGCCGCCCCCGAGCACGGCGACGUCAUCCUCGUCGCCGACGUCGACGAGAUCCCGCGCCCCGAGACGCUCUUCCUGCUGCGCGCGUGCAGCUUCCCGCGCCGCCUGACGCUCGCCUCGCGCUUCUACUACUACUCGUUCCAGUUCCUGCACUCGGGCCCCGAGUGGCCGCACCCCCAGGCCACCACCUACCAGGGCUGGCGCACCGUCCGCCCGACCAACCUGCGCAACGGCGACGGCGGCAUCCCCUUCCUGCGCGACCUCGACAAGGCCCGCCUGGGCAACGCCGCCUGGCACUGCAGCAGCUGCUUCGCCACCAUGGAGCAGUUCCUCAACAAAAUGGCCAGCUUCUCCCACGUCUGGAUGAACCAGGACGAGUACCGCGACAGGGACAACAUUGCCAAGGCCGUCCGCGAGGGCAAGGACGUCUGGGGGCGCGACAUUGACACCUUUGAGCGCAUCGAGCGCAACCAGGACAUUCCGGCGGUGCUGAGGCGCGAGGGGGACAAGUACAGGUACCUGCUGGACAGGAGCGGCAAGUCUGCUGGCUUUACGGAUUAUCCUUGA